AUGAGCUCCGGUAUAUACAUUCUGCCAGGUACCCAGCCAACGACCUCCACUUUCGGUGGUUUGGACCUAAGAGAUGAUCUUACAAAUGGCAGUGAUUUGAUCGCAAACACCAUUAACGGCGGAUCUACAAAUCCCACUACCCUGGUGAGAAGCAAUAGAGAUGAGUCAAUCUUACCUGUUGUGUGUAGUACAUUGGACAAAACUGUCACAGACUGUGACACCGAAGCUUCCACCGCAUGUGACCAAUUUGCUUCAAUCUUCGGGACAUCGGACAGAACUGCUGAUGCACCAGCCUUUUUGCCAGCCGCAUUUGCUUCACUACCUUCAUCCAUUUUAUCCGCUUCAGUACUAGACAGAGGUUCUUCGUAUGCUUCUUCGAACACUUUUACCAGCGAUACGCGAGAUAAUGUUUUACACCAGAACUUGUUCGGCUCCAAUGAGUUUUCAUUGCUGUCAACUCAUUUGGAUCCGGAAGCCCAUCAGAAUUUUGUGCUUACGUCUCCCCAAAACGUUCUGGCUGCCAAGCUGACGACAACAGAGAAGAUAUGCACUGGAGACUUGUCCAUUACAUACCAGAGCCCCUCAUCCAUUCCCUUUAAAAAGGAUCCCUUGCAGGGUAACGGUCUGACAGCUGACUCGUUCACUUCACGAAACACUAGUGGGAGCAACAACCAAGUGGCUGGUGAUGGGCGUCAGCUGAUGGGGAAUCAGUCGGUAGUGACGGGGAGUUCAGUAUCGUUGGACUGCAAACAGGGGACAGAACUGAAGAGUGGAUCAUCCCAACUACGCGAAUCAACACUGGAGCCAGCCUAUUUCAAUGCGGCAACAACAUUCACAGUAUUUCCCAACUACAACAUCCUUUCCGGCCGGAACAACGGUCUCCUCCUCGACGUAGACGGUGGAACCUCGAAACCAGAAUCCGCGGUGAAACAGACAUACUCUAGGCAUGAGCAGCGUUUCGGACAUCAUGCCACAAGGAGCUCUUCUCGGGCUGUUAACGGAUCAUCCCGUGGUACGAAAUUCAGUCAAUCAAAAAGAAAAGAUUCUUCUGAUGAACCAAAUCCUUACGACACCACGCAGACUUACAGCACCGGCGCAUGCAGUUCACUCUCUCGUUCUUCUUACAUGUGUCGUAAAUGCAGAGCCCAUGGAAAACUGCUUCCAGUUAAACAGCACAAGAGGAACUGUCCAUUUCGUAGCUGUAGUUGUGCUGUGUGUUCACUGGUCAAUCGAGGUCGUCAGAUCGUAGCCAAACAGAUCGCGCUUUACCGUGAUCAAAAGACCCACUCGCUGGCUACCACUAGUCUGAUACGUCAGCAGACUAUGCUACGUAGCCUCGAUCCGCUGGACAAAUUUCGAGCGGUAGACGGUUACGCAUUUAAACCGCUGAAGAAUCCACACACCGGACUGGAUGGAUCUGGUGAAGAUGAGGGGCCACAUUGCCGUCGUUGUCGGAAUCACGGUCGGAGUAACCCUUGGAAAGGACAUAAGAAGACAUGUCCCUACAGGUGUUGCACUUGUCAACAAUGUAUUUUAAUUUCUCUAAGGAAAUCAAACGAAAAGGAUUUAAGGGAAGUCGUCCAAGAAUUUAACUCAGAGCGAACCGAAAAACGUGAACCAGCGAACAAGGCGGAUGCAGAUAGCCUUAAUAAAUGUAUUGGAACCUUCAAAGACGAGGUCAACCACGAGAUCAAUCCGAACUCCAACCAUUAUUUUCACUCUUUGGGUGGAGCCGUGUCUUUAUCUUCCUUGGGUCUGAAGCGCCCGCACCCAUUUUUCCCCUACCCAUAUCUGUCCAGACUAACAGAGGUUUACAGUGGGAACAAGAACGUAACAUCACCUCGAAUGAAUUCCGUACCUUUGUCGAAACCCAACGAUACAAUGUGUUUGCCUCCAAUUUUAUCCCAUCCUUUCUCGAUGACUAGCCAAUUCACCGGCCAAACGCUUUGUCCCAAUUACAACACAACCAACUAUGGAUAUAGAUUCAACCUUUUUGGACAACCAAGCAACUACCCGCUGGAUAUUGCCUCUGGGCCAUUUCAAUCCAAAAUGCAUCUCGAUCAAACAAACAUAAAAAUUAAGCAAAAUGAUGAAGAACCGAGAGAACAUUUUGCACAACGAUCUAGCCAUGUUCCGCGAAGCAGCACUCUGGAUUUUGCAAGAGGAGUGGCUGGCGUACUUUUGGAUACGAUGGCCCAUGCAGAAGUUAAUAAUGUGGGGACAUCCGCUUUCCCAAUAAGCAACGAAGUAGACAACAUUAACUUCAUUCAACCAUCAGUUUUUGCUUCACCGUUCUUGCUUGAAGGUAAAUCAGCACACGGACGGUGUCUUCCCUACGCGGACUAUGAACAACAGAUCUACUUCCCAGGCACAGGACAACAAACUUCAGGAUUCGGAAACAGCGGCGACGUUUCGUCAAAGCCACUGGAGCAGCCGGACCAAACCUGUUGCUCCACACAGACACAGCCAUCUCAUCAGGCUUUCACUGGGAUUGACGGAUCAUCCGGUUUAUGGGCCAGUGCGUCUUUCAGCGCUGAUGUCUGUUGUUCUACUGCUCCCAACGUGCUAACCAACGUAACCAACGAGUCUAUGUUUCGAAGUUUGGUCGAGUCGGUGACUCAGCAGCAUACACCGAUUUGCACGUCGUUGGACGCGCAAAGUGUCGAUCAGCCGGAAUCGAUUAGUCAGAACCUUAAUCCUAAAGAGACGAACCAUCCCCACGUUGGAUCUGUGUGCAGUGCAAGGGCACAGCAAGCCGCCGCAAUUGCGGCUGCAGCAGCAGCGGCUGUUGCCCUUCAACAGAAUCACCAGCAACAGGGACAUCAUGAACAAGAAUCACAGUACAAGUGUACUGUUCAUCCGUAUGCUGAAGCCUCAGACAGAGUGCUCACAUUUGAUGCAAAUAGCUUGCUACCUGUUUCGACUUCAUUCGCAAACUCAAGAUGUGAUAUGGACGGUGCUUCGAUAGCUCCAUCUGUGAGCGAGCACGUUGGAUUUUCUUAUCCUCUAGGAUCACAAGUCUCAAACGAGGCUGCUCAUCAAAGGUCAGCAGCACCGAAGGCGAGUCCUACUGAAUGUCCUAUGCUAGAUCCCCCUUGCACGAGAGAGUGCUCCAUGAACUAUGUUUGUUGUGAUCCGGAGCGGAUGAGUAGUUCAUCGAGUCCGGGUACAAUGACGCAACGAAAUGAGGCGAAAUCAGAGUACUUAUCAAGCGCUGAGGUCAGUGCUGAUCAAGAAAACGGCAGGUUUGCUGUCAAAGUUUCGAAACAUCUCACGUCUACACCACUCUAUGGAAGUGAGAAACCUUGGGAUGUGCCGUGUACGGCCGCGCAUAGCGACAGCUGGCAGCCUAGCACAGGUCAAAAUAUCUACAAAGCUGACGAAGACAAACAGUCGGGCUACGCGAACAGAUCGGCGUUAUUCAACACACUAUCUAACCAUAAACAACUAGGAAUGCAUUCACUAGGACCUCAGAAGAACUCUGAAACCGAAACCGCACAGGUACGUCCUUCAGAACAUGCUCACUCCUACGAUAACAACAACAGCUCUUGCUUUUUGUCAUCUGAGCCAUCGGCACAUUCAAAAGUGGACAAUUGUUAUGUUACCAUGCCUCACACCAGCAGGAAUCCUCUCUCAUAUACUCAGACAACGAAAACGGUUGUUCGAAAUUUCAAUACUGUCUCGGUUGCUUGUGCUCCGUGGAGCAAUUCAACCGCACAUCAUCACGAAAUGUUUGUGAGCGAGGAAUCGAAACCGACCGGAACACCUGGGAUCAGCACUUGGUUGCACGCUUCUCCAUGA